AUGGCCUUGGAAUACACAGAGGUGAGGACAAGAGAGGAGGGUGGCUGGGAACGGAACGGCUACGGCCACGGCGAACGAGCAGGGGACAGAGCAAAGGACCAACUUGAGCAGCAAGUAGAGCAGCGCACCAUCGGCGACUGUAUUUCCGACCAUCUUCUCCAGCACACCCUCCUUCUCGCCUACACCUCCCCAGUACUCACACGACAAAACGCCGAAGACAAAAGCUGCUAUCCUCCUACCAUCCGCGACAUCGGCGAUGGAAGACGGCGGGAGGAGCACGCAGUGGCGCUUCGCGGCCCCGAACCCGACCUUGGCGGCCGCCGGCGAGAGGAGCAUCCAGAAGGCCCUCCUCCAGGUUUGUCAUGGAGAGUUCACAUAGUUCAUACCGCAGACCUACUUUGCCCUACAUUAAUCUGCCAUGUGAUCCCCCUUAUCCGUUUCAAUUCCAUGAUUAGAGCUGUUGCCGAGUAUCUAUCCCGUGAUCUUCCUUACAUGAUUUCCCAUGAUGAUAUUUUCCUCACUUGUGGAGGUAGCCAAGCAAUCGAGACUGUGAUGUCUGUUUUUGGCCAAGCAGGCGUCAACAUAUUGCUGCCAAUGCCUGGCUACCCAAAACACGAAGCACAUGCAGUGUUUCAUAGGAUGGAAGUACGGCAUUAUGGUCUUCUCCCGGAGAGAGGAUGGGAGGUUGAUUUGGAAGCUGUUGAAGCUCUCGCAGAUGGGAAUACUGUUGCAGUUGUGAUUACCAACCCCAACAACCCAUGUGGUAGUGUGUAUACCUACGAGCAUUUGGCCAAGAUUGCAGAUAUGGCAAGCAAGCUCGGUAUUUUAGUCAUCGCUGAUGAAGUAUAUGGUCACCUUGUCUAUGGCACCACACCUUUUGUGCCAAUGGGUGUUUUUGGAGAGACUGUUCCGGUAAUCACUUUGGGAGCUAUAUCGAAGAGAUGGGCUGUACCUGGCUGGAGGAUUGGUUGGAUAGCAACUUGUGACCCUAAAGGCAUUCUGAGAAAAACUAAGGUUGCUGAUUCACUCAGAAGCUUCAUAAGUAUAAUAUCAGGUCCUGCAACAUUUCUUCAGGGAGCUAUUCCUCAUAUUAUCAAGAACACAAAUGAUGAAUUCUAUAACAACAUUGUCAAGCUGUUGAAGGAGACUGCAGAGAUAUGUUAUGAUGCAAUAGACGAGAUCAAGUGUAUUACCUGUCCCCACAAACCAGAGGGCUCAUUUUUUAUGAUGGUAAAACUGGACGUGUCACAAUUGUCGGACAUUCGUGACGACGUAGACUUCUGCAGCAAGUUGGCGAAGGAGGAGUCGGUUAUACUGUUGCCUGGGAAAUCCUUGGGCAUGGAGAACUGGUUGCGUAUCACCUUUGCUUCGGAGCCACCUACACUGAAGCAAGGGCUCGACAGGGUGAAGUCUUUCUGCAGGAGGCAUCAGUCACAGGCCAAUUAG